AUUGGUUACCCACUACGCAACAACCUCGAAACGACGCCGUACUCCUCUUAUCCUCCUCUGCUUCUACCAGAUAUUUCCUUGGCAUUAUCCCCCCCUUCCUCUUCCCCAAAAGCUCCGCUCCUCCCUGAACCACUCUUAUCAAUCGCCGAUCAACUAAUAACCUUUCCUUCCCUUCUUCUUCUUCUUGUUGUUAUUAUUAACCGACUCGUUUAACUCAGUGAUUCGUCCAAGAAGCCACUGAGUCCGGUGAUGUGGUCCUGAGUUCUUUCUUUGAAGGGGGUAGAAUCAGAAACUGAAAAAAAGAGAGACAAAAAUGGAUCGAGCAGACUUGACGGUCGGACCGGCUAUGGAUAUGCCGAUUAUGCACGACAGUGACCGUUACGAUUUCGUUAGAGAUAUCGGAUCUGGUAAUUUCGGAGUUGCUCGACUUAUGAGAGAUAAGGUUACCAAGGAGCUCGUCGCUGUCAAGUACAUCGAAAGAGGCCGUAAGAUAGAUGAAAAUGUUCAAAGAGAAAUUAUUAAUCAUAGAUCAUUGAGGCAUCCGAAUAUUGUUAGAUUUAAAGAGGUUAUUUUAACACCUACUCAUCUUGCCAUUGUAAUGGAGUAUGCCUCCGGAGGUGAGCUUUUCGAGCGGAUUUGUGCUGCGGGUCGGUUCAAUGAGGACGAGGCUCGGUUCUUCUUCCAACAGCUUAUAUCCGGCGUUAGUUAUUGCCAUGCGAUGCAAGUAUGCCAUCGUGAUUUAAAGUUGGAAAACACUUUGCUAGAUGGAAGUCCAGCUCCUCGGCUUAAGAUAUGUGAUUUUGGGUACUCGAAGUCUUCAGUUCUUCAUUCGCAACCAAAAUCCACAGUUGGAACUCCUGCAUACAUUGCUCCUGAAGUACUCCUAAGGAAAGAAUAUGAUGGCAAGAUUGCAGAUGUUUGGUCAUGCGGGGUUACCUUGUAUGUCAUGCUGGUUGGAGCAUACCCUUUUGAGGAUCCAGAUGAGCCAAGAGACUUUCGGAAAACAAUACAAAGAAUUCUUAGUGUCCAGUAUGCCAUUCCUGAUGUCGUCCAAAUAUCACCUGAGUGUCAACAUCUGAUUUCAAGGAUAUUUGUUGCUGAUCCUUCAGCUAGAAUUACAAUUCCUGAUAUUAGAAACCACGAGUGGUUCUUGAAGAAUCUCCCUGCUGACCUGAUGGACGAAAACACAAUGGGUAGCCACUUCGAGGAGCCCGAUCAACCUAUGCAGAGCACAGAUACAAUCAUGCAGAUAAUAGCUGAGGCCACCAUUCCAGCUGCUGGAGCCCCUGGCUUAAACCAUUACAUAGUCGACAACCUUGAUGAUGAAGACAUGGAUGACCUUGAUUCUGAAUCGGAGCUUGAUGUUGAUAGUAGUGGGGAGAUAGUCUAUGCAAUGUGAUAUGAAGGAAGAGAGCUUCUCUGCAAUGGUGCAGUUAUUCCAGGCAAUCAAAAGUGCGAAGACAUAUAGCUGCAAAGAAUUUAUGGUAGAGUUGCGCAAUACUGGUCUGAAAUUGUCAUGGUCCAUUGAGUCCAUUAUGUUCAUAGCAUGAAGCUUUUAUACAAAUCUGUGGAAGAAAUUGAUAUUUAAUACUACUUUACAAGGGAUGAUCCACAGGGAUAAAAGGUUCAAUGUCGGAUGAUCAUCUCCCAAACUUCAACAUCCCGGUAACCAUCAUCGAACCCGGUUCAUUUGUAUUUUGGCAUUGCUCGUGUACUUUUUGCUUGGUUCUGUUUUAUGCAGUUGAAUAUAUAUAAUAUAUGGCUACUUUCUAUUA